AUGCCUUCCUUGCGAUCUCUCACCUCAUUUGCCUUUUCCGCUCUCGUCGCGGUAUCUUCUUCGACUCCCACUGUUUCUUCAAUGCCGUCCCUUGUCGAUCGUCGCGACUCGCCCCUGUCACCCCCUUCCCUCCCUCCUCCUCCUUCUCCUUCGGUGAAGUCCUCCCUCCCCACCUUUUCCCCUCCUCCUCAAACGUACGAGAACCAGACUAUGUGCAUCAAUUACUACUUCGAGCACCUCCCCGAGUACAAGGACCUGUACGACUGCACCGUCUACGAUGCGAUGAAGGUAAGCUCAUGGAUCUUCGCUCACACGCUCAAGAGACGCUAUAUUGCCAACCCAAUCACCCCAAUCCGAAGUGAUGCUGACUAUUCACCCGAGGCCUGUCUGUUUUUCACUGUUUCCAGUCUUUCUACGACGCGAGGUACUACCAGAAAAAAGCGAUCGAAAAGCUCGAGGACGAAGCACAGUGUGCCAAGGACCAGGCCGACUUCGCUGACAGGGUCAACCAAUUCGCCCAAGCCGAGGUUCGUCAGCAACGAAAUGAAGCCUUUCACAAGUUUCGACGCUAACGUUUCGCUCCCUUUUGCAUUCCGUACCCGAUAGCUGGAUUAUGCCGCCGAGCAGAAGCGUUUCGAGUGGGCUAGCAAGAAGUUCGAACAUGAAAAGGUCAGUCAGUGUUCCGAUUGCAGUUCUCGCGAGCGCACGCUUAGCGAGAUGGCUAAUGCUCGGACGCUUGCUCUUUGAUGGCCUAGGCUUCUCUCGAGACGAGCAAAAAGGCGUUCCAAGCUCUCAUCAAUCAAAAAGUUCUGGAAGCGAGCCAAGCCAUGGAGAUCAAGGUGAGGGAAUCGGUCGGCGCUGCGAGGACAAUGAGCCCACUAUCUCUGACUUCUUUGUAUGCGCUCUCUCGCCUCUUGUCAAACAGCACACCUGCGAGAAGGUCUUCUCCGAACACACAACCGAAUACAUCGUCAGUCAGAAUCCACGUAUCUACUGAUGUUGACUCAGCUUGCAUUGACGCUCGGAGUCCUGUUCUCUCCUAGCCCAAGCACUCGACCUGA